AUGGCCUCCGCCCGCCUCGCGUGCCGCGCGUGGCGCGACUGCUUGGGCGCCCAGGUCUCCGCCGCGCAGCUGCCGCCGGCGCUGUGGCAGCGGCCGGCGGAAGGGGGCUUCCAGCUGGCGCGGCUGGGGGCGCUGACCGCCGCCUUCCCCGCGCUGUCGGCGCUUGAGCUGUCCUACGACCGCGCCGCGCCCGUCGACGCGCGCGCCGCGCGGCGCGCGGCGGCGCUGCUCGCGCGCGCGGCGCCCUCCCUGCGGCGCCUGCGGCUCAGCGGGGUCGCGGAGCCCGCGCAUCUGGCCGCGAUCGCCGAGGGGCUGCAGCCGCUGGCGGGCCGGCUGACAGCCUUGGACGUUUUAGAUGCGUGCUGGCUGGACGUGGCCGCGCUGUCGUCCCUCGCGGCUUCGCUCGGGGGCCUGCGGCGGCUGCGGCUGCACAGCUCCGUGUUUAGUCGGCUGACGGCGGCUCAUGUUGACGUCAUCGCGGGGAUGACUCAGCUGCGGGAGUUGUCGAUGGGCUUCCGCGCGGUGCAGGGCAGCGCCUCGGACCCCUUGGCGCUGGAUGCGCUCACUCGGCUGACCGGUCUGACGUCACUGGACCUGGAGUUCACGGGCAUACACCAGCUGUCCAGCGGCGCCGGCUUCCGCCGCCCUGAGGGCCUCUCGAGCCUCUCCGCCCUGGCCGCCCUCAGCCUACGCCUCGUGCCCCUGCGCAGCGCCGACGCCCUCCCGCUGCUGCCCGCGCUGCGCGCGCUCCGCCUGGCGGCGCCCGAGCCGCUGCCCGCCGCCGCCGCGGCCGCGCUCGCGCGCUGCACAGGGCUGCGGCGGCUGGUGAUUGAGCAGCUGCUGCCGGAGCAGCUGCCCGCGCUCGGCGCGCUGACCGGGCUCAGCGCGCUCAGCGUGCACCUCGCGCCGCCGCCGCCGCGCCGCAGCCGCGGCGCUGCGGGCUCGGGCGCGGGCGAGGGGGCGGCCGCGGAUGCGGUGCUGGCGCUGGCGCCGCUGUCAGGUCUGAGGGCGUUCAGCGUUGCGGGACGCGUCGAGCUGCGGGCCAGCCACAUUGAGGCGCUCGCAGCGGCGUGGCCGGCCCUGCGGGCGCUCGACCUCCGGUGCUCUCUGCCCGACGGCAGCCGCGGCCUGCGCGCUCUGACGUCGCUCGAACGGCUGCGGCUGGGGCCGUACGGGUGGGCGUCCCCAGGCGGGUGGGCGCCGGAGGUGCAGCUGCAACCGGGGGAGCUGCCGCGGGGGCUGACGCGGCUCGAAGCGUCGGGCGUGCUGGUGGCGGCGCAGGGCGCGGACGCGGCGUGGGACAGGGCGUGUUGGGGCGACGAGCCGGGCAGCUGGGGGGGCGUCUGCCCGGCCGGUGGCAGGGUUGCUGGUGCGGCAGAGGCGGGCGCCGCAGGCGGGUGUCGCUGCGGCGGCGCCGCGAGCGUCGCCGGCUGCUUCUGCGGCGCCGCGGCCGCCGCGCCGCCGCCGCCCGCGCCACCGCUCGCGCCCGUGCAUCGCGUUGCCCCGCUGGCGCUGUCCGCGCCGCGGCUCCGCGUCCUCUUGCUCCGCGGCUGCGGCGCCGCUUACAGCGGCUUAUGGCCCGGAGGAUGCAGUUUCAAUUGCGAUGAUGCUGCUGACGUGGCGCCUCCAGUUUUGCCAAGUCUGUCCCGGCUGACCUGCCUCGAGGAGCUGCACCUCGAGCACCCCCAGAUCACGGAGCGCGAUCUGCACGCGAUAACCUCGUGCGGCGCCGUCGCGGGCUCGCUGCGGGCGCUGCGGCUUGUGGUCGCCGGCGACGGCGCGUGGCUGGGGGGAGGGGUGGCUGCGCUGACCCGGCUGAUGGCGCUCGAGUGCCUGCAGCUGCUGCCCCGGGACGCGUGA